AUGGUGUGUUACCUAAAAUUUCACGGUUUCAGCCUCACUGCUUACCCUUCCAUAUCCGUGUCGAAUUUCACCUCGGACUGGUGUGAUGGACGUGCUUUUUGCGCUUUGAUUCAUCAUUUUCAGCCCGAACUGCUCGAUCGUGCUACACUGCUGCAAAGAGACAAAUGCCCACAAUUGGCUGUCCAACUGGCGUCAAAGCUUAAGAUCCACGUUGAUCCGACGACUUUUGCUGGUACAAAGCCUGAUUUCAAACAUGUUAUGGAAGUGGUGUUUGAGCUGUACAAAAAGCUCGAACUCGGAGAUCGAGAGUGCUAA